AAGUUGAAUUCAUUGAAAUGCCAACAUAAAUCAAAUUAAAAAAUCAUAUUAAAUUAUUUAUGUUUUCGUUUGUCAAUCAAUUAUUUAAAAAGUGCAGAAAGUGCAGUGAUACAAAUCAGUCAACAAUCGUCAUAACCGCUACUGCACCGACUUGCGAAUAUUUAAGCGCACCUAAGAUUGACAGUACAGCCGAACAUCGCUUCGCACGCACGCAGCAAACGCUUAUCAACAAUCAAUAUCAAUCAAUGAUCGACGUGCGAACCGAACUUAGCUAAAGAUGAUGCCCUCGUUGCCGCUAUCCAUUUUCGUGGAAUACAACACUCAAUGACGGCCACAGCUACGUCCGCUGCUGCAAUUUAUUCUUUCGUCUUUUUUUAUUAUUGAGUGGUAUUUCUUCCUGUCUGUGUGCGGAUGUCCGUUCCAUUUAUAAUUGCCAGUUGUGCAAUUAGUCUUCCGUAGGUUUCUAAUUUGCAUCUUAAGCAGUGCAUUUACUGCACGGUGAAGAAGUUAUUGACGCCAAUGAAAAUGUUGCUGAUUUUGCUGUCGUUGUUGUUACCGUUUCUAUUUCUAUUGGUCACAACUACAACUUCAGUUCAUCACUUCUAAGGCAUGGAAAUAUCAGGUAUAAAGUCAGAGGUGGUUAAAAUUUUUUAGAAAAUUACCUGAAUGGUGCUGUUUUAUUUCUCUUCUUGAAAAACUUGAUGAUCUAUUAAUGAAGUAAACAGUAAUGAGAGAAAAGGAUCAUUCCCCAAGAAAAAUGCUGCCUAGCCCAAAACAAGGGUCUGUGUACCCGAUACUAACAACAAUACCAUCUGCAUUUUCAACGCAAGUACCGUUCGAUCUAUCAACAACACCUCGAACGUCAACAAACUCAUUAUCGCCUUAUUCUAGCCGCAAGGAUUCCAAAAUAAGAAGGCGUUGCAUUGGAUACGACCAGCCACUUGAUUUACGUAUAGCCCAUAAGAAAACUGAACUGCCAAGAAAUGGUGAAUCAAUGGUCGAAGAUGAGAAUAGCAAUUUAAUUUUAUGUUCCGAAUUUACACAAUCACAAGAAUGUUGCAUUACUAAAUCACUUAAAGGGUGUGCUAACAAGCGAAAUUUUAGCAAUGAAAGGGAAGAAUUAAACAAUAAUAAUAUACAAAUACUUUGUAAUCCCGGCAUUGAAAACGAGACUUGUCCAACAAAUACUAAUACAACGAGUCUUUCGCAAAUUGAUGUUGCCAGCUCAAAUGAGAAACUUACCAGCGCUAACCAUCUGAAUUUGGAAAGAAUAAUGCAUCCAAAAAAAGUGUGCUUUCCUGUUAAUGCUCUGCAACCAACUAUAUUAGAAGUCAUGGCAAAAGCAAUGCCUUUAUCAUAUUCGAAUCCCUUUGUAUUGCCCAGGUCUGGAACAAACAACAGCUUUCCUUUUUUACAAACCAUAAAAAACAAUAUCAUUCCAAACUGUUCGCAAGUUAAUAACCCAGACUCGCUGGAACUACAGCAUGAAUCAAAAAAGCAUUCAAUAUCAUCCAAUACAAAAUCAGAUGGGAUCAAUUUAACAAUUCCUUACAGCAGUCCAAACUCCAUACAUUAUUUCCGUGAUGCGAAAAGUAAUAGUCGAACUAAUAGUAGUGAUGUAAAAGUCAAUAUUGUCGCAAACAGCAACAAUAACACAUUAAAGCAAGAAAAAUCUACAACAAAUUGUAAUCGAUCAACAAUAGCUCAGGCAGUACCGUACAAAAGUAAGGAUCGAUAUACUUGCAAAUUCUGUGGCAAAGUAUUUCCACGUUCUGCUAAUUUAACUCGUCACCUACGCACCCAUACGGGAGAGCAACCCUACAAAUGCAAAUAUUGUGAACGUUCCUUUAGUAUAUCCUCCAAUCUUCAACGUCAUGUUCGCAACAUUCAUAACAAAGAGCGCCCAUUCAAAUGCAAAAUAUGCGACCGAUGUUUUGGACAGCAAACCAAUCUAGAUCGGCACCUUAAAAAGCAUGAGACUGAUGCGGCCUCACUAAGUCUGGGAAUCAAUGAAAGAAUGCUCGACAUACGCCGAAUGUGCGAAAAUCCAAAUGAAGAAUCAUAUUUUGAAGAAAUACGAUCAUUCAUGGGAAAAGUGACUCAACUACCACUUUCCACCUCGCAAACUCUGCCACCGCAUUUAUCCUCAAUUGCAGAAACUAAGUCCCCAACCAGAAGUUCGCCUUCGGCGCAAUCAGAUGCUGACUCAUCAAUAAGUGGCCUUCGUGUAACGCAGCAUGAAGACAGUAGCAAUCAAAGCAAUUUUUCCUAUAAGGCAAACAAAAUAUCUCCAACUCAGGAGCAACAAGAUAGUAUAAAUAAGGUCAUAAGUACCAAUGAAAAGGAAGCUCCAUAAAGUUCAAGCCGUUAAAACUUAUUUAAGUGUAUUUUAUGUAUAUAAAUGAAUAAAUAUUAGUUUAAACUUUAAUAAAAUCUA